GGCUGCGUAUAACCUGUUUGUUAAGUAACUGCACUGAUCUGAUUGUGACGUUUAUUGGGAAUGGCCAACCUUUGAAAAGAAUACACAGUCAUUCUAACUGGCGAAGGCAGUGUGCUUACGUAAAGUGCUGUUUAUGAUCGCUUUAGAUGUACACGAUAAGAUUCACAAAAUGAGCGUAUAGUGCAGGGCUGCGUUGUGUCUCUUGUGCUUAGAUUUCAGAGGAAGGGCAAGAAACUGUUUAAGGUGACCUGCAUUGCCAGUUACCGGCUGACGAGUUUUAGAUUCUUGCAGGUUUUUCGUGCUUUUCAAUGCAAGCGGGACUAUUGCGCCGGAAUGGACUGUCGCUGGUGUCCCAGCAUACGGGGCUCAUGAGAUCUCUGUGUACGAACAGUUUGCGGGCGGUGAUGAAAGCUGUAGGUGAUGGACCUGGGUUUGAUCGAGUAUUGAACAAGCUCGAGCUCGUCUCAGCCAGUCCGGGGAAAGUGGUCUGUGAGCUGAAAGUCGAAGAAGAGCACACAAACCGUGGUGGGACAUUACAUGGAGGAUUAACGGCUACCCUCGUUGAUAUGGUGUCCACUGUUGCUCUCAUGCAUACAGAGAGAGGCGCUCCAGGAGUUAGCGUAGAUAUGAACAUAACGUACAUGAACGCUGCAAAAAUCGGAGACUCUGUCCUCAUCUCUGCUCAGGUUUUAAAGCAAGGAAGAACCCUGGGAUUCGCAACCGUAGACCUGACCAACAAAGUCACGGGAAAAAUAAUAGCACAGGGCCGACACACAAAGCAUCUCGGGAGUUAGCGCAACUAAAAUUGAUUUAGAAAGAUUAUAUAAAAUGCAAACUUUUACUUUAACACUUUUUUUUGUUUUUUGUGCUCAAUCCAACCGAGUUAAUCUAGAAGGAUAUCCAGACUUAUGCGUUAACCUUCUGCUGUACAGAUUGUGUUUAAUAAAAUAAGAAAAAUGUAUGUUUUCCAAAUAAAAGACAUUUGUUUUCAGCUGUGUAGUAAAA